UACUGAAUUAUAGUUGGCAGCACUGGACAGGUACCACACGUACCACAUUUGGUUUGUUUACUUCUUUCUACAAAUCACAAAACCAUCCCCCAGACCCAAAACGCAAAUGCAACGAAAUUUUUGAAAAGUGGACUAAAGUUGCAGCAAUUUUUGAUGGCGGACGAAGAGGAGAAGGAUGUGAACGAGCUGUUCGACUCGAUUGUGAUGCUGGAACAGAAAGUUGCCUCAGACGGCUUCAGAGAGGGAUUUGAGAAGGGUCAGCAAGAAGGCACCGAGGAUGGCUAUCGGGUCGGCCACCAGCACGGAAUGAAACUCGGGACCGAGCUUGGAUUUUACAGGGGCGCUGCCAGAGCGUGGAUCGAAUCUUCGCAAGGAGCAAGUGAAUCCAAAGGUGUUGGUGCGAUGAAGACUGUGAUUGAAUUGCUGGACAAAUUUCCUACGAUGAUAACUAAAGACGUUGAUGUCAACGAGGAGAUGAACAAAGUGAGGGCCGCCUAUCGGAAAGCCUGCUCCCUUUUAAAAAUUGAUGCUGUAUCCCCAACCACAACUACUCUUUCCUUUUAAUUAAUUUGGUUUUUCAAUCAAUAAAAUAAAUAUUAUAUAGCAUCAAA